UUGUGACAAGUGACAACUGUAGUCCACAUGGUAAAUUGCUAAUAAAUUGUUAAUCGUAAUGUCUUUUAAUAAUUAAUAUUAAAUCCUUAUCCAGUUUUAUAAUAAACAAUGUCGAAUUUACUUGAAGUAUUAAUUACCUGUGACUCUAAUAAUACGUUAUGGACCUGCAGUAUUUGGGAUUCUUAUACCGGUACGAAUUUAAUGACUUACAAAGGCGGUGGAACUGCUGAAAAUCACACUCUUUCGUUUAUUGGGAGCGACUACUUGGCUGUAGUUCAAAAAACGAAGCCUGUUCUUCAUGUUUGGCCUUUGAACUCGCAACAAACGGUACAAGGAAUGCGUUUUAUACUACCAGGCAAAGCUAGUGCUUAUGCAGUAACUCCCGACGGUUCUUACUGUGUGGCUGGCAUUGAAGAGAAAAUUUAUGUUUGGCAAAUUUCAUCUGGCAGCCUUCUAACGAUCAUAAAUCGGCAUUAUCAAAAAGUUAACCUAUUAAAGUUUACUAGUGAUGGUAGGUUCUUUAUAUCAGCAGCCGAAGAUGGGAUGGUAAUGGUAUGGUCAUUGGCAACAGUGGCAGCUAAUCCUGAAGUAGAGCUCGUGACACAGACAAUUGCAGGACAACAUGAUCCAGCUUACAUCUUCUCUGACCAUUCAUUACCAGUAACAGAUUUGUAUAUAAGUAAAACGGGCAUGCAUGGACGUUUGUUUACAGUGUCCAGUGACAAAUCUUGUAAAGUUUAUGAUUUGACCUGCGGUGAAAUGCUCUUGAAUUUAAUAUUUGAUGAACCAUUGUCAGCGAUAGUAUUAGAUGCUCUAGAAUUAAAUGCCUUUAUUGGAACAACUGAAGGGAAAAUAUUUCAAUGUAGUCUUACAAAUCCGCCUAGAAAUAGAGAUGUGCUUGUUAACAACGGAGACAAUAUGAAUAUAUUUUCUUCUCAUACAAAAGCAGUCACUUGCUUAUCAAUUUCACUUAACGGAGAUAUAUUAAUGUCUGGAUCUAAUGAUGAACAAUUAAUAUUAUGGCAUAUAAGAAGCAGACAGCCAGUAAGAAUAAUAAGGCAUAAAGGACCCAUCACUAAUGCUUUUUUCACUACUAAUUAUGAUGCAAUUUAUAAACAAGACUUUACACCUGGAAUUGUGCUUCACAGUUUAGAAAGAACUUUGGAGAAAAAUAGUGAAAAUGUAUCUGAAAUAGAAGUGAUUAUUAAAAAGGAUAGCAACUUUUGGCCAACUUGUGGUGAUAUGAGUAUAGAUACAACCUAUGAUAACUUUGCAUCCCAAGAAAUAGAUGUUGUGUCUAAGCAAAACGAGGCCAAACUUAAGGAAGAGUUAGAAAAAAUGAAAUUGAUUAAUUCCAAUUUAUAUGCAUUAUCAAUCCAAAAUGCUUUGAAAUCAAUACCCAUUGAACUUGAAAAAAAUAAAAUCACUGUGCAUAAAAAGAAAAAAAAUAAAAGUCAU